CCUACUUGUGUGCAUCAGGUAUAUUGGGCACACUGCCAAGUGUUACUGUGAAGUCAGGUUACUCACACGUAUAUUUCGGACACAACACUCAUUACAACUUAUUUACACGCUGAUGUUUUGUAUUUAGUGAAACUGUGUGUUUUGUCAUGAUGACAUGAACAAAAGUGCAGUCUAUGUGACUUUUUACAAUUGGAUUUUGAAGUUAUAAUAACCAAAAGCCGCCCGACAUGAACCGCGGGGCGCGCGCGGAGCCGACGCCGCCGGAGUGCGCGCUGGCGGCAGAAAUGUUCGACCACCUGUGCUCCGCCGGCACCAUGAAGCAGAUCCUCGCGUUGUACCGCGAGAUCUGCCACACGCUCACGCUGAAACCCAACCGGCUGCCCGACUUCUACCCCAAAUUAAAGUGAAGAAAUAAGAUGUUCGGGACGGUCCGCGAUACCAAAUUGCACAUCAACUGGAAUGAAAUCGGAGCCUAACUGGAGUGUAGACUAAAGACGAAACGCAAAUGAAUCGGAGAUAUUACAAAUUAGCGAAAACGGGGCCCAUGUCAAAUGAACGCAGCCCGCACUUGU